AUGUCGACGCCAACUCUCAACUUCAUCACCUUCAACCAGGACCAUAGCUGCCUCGCUGUUGGCACAUCCAAAGGCUUCGGCAUCUACCACACGGAUCCGUUUUCGCGGAUAUUCAGCAGCGAUGACGGCAAUGUCGCGAUUAUCGAAAUGCUCUUCUCCACAUCUCUCGUCGCCCUGAUUCUCUCUCCUCGCCAUCUCAUCAUCCAGAACACAAAGAGAGCGUCGGUCAUAUGCGAGCUGACCUUUCCAUCCGCCGUCUUGGCCGUACGACUCAAUCGAAAGCGGCUGGCCGUUGUUCUCGAGGAGGAGAUCUACCUGUACGACAUCAGCAACAUGAGCCUUCUCUACACCAUUCCUACCUCGCCGAACCCGUCGGCCAUAUGCGCGCUGUCAGCAUCGUCCGAGAAUUGCUUCAUUGCAUAUCCGCUUCCCAAGCCGAGGGAAGAGACCGAUACCAGGCGGCCGCCCCAUGCUCCGCCGCAGUCGGCAUACGUUGCGCCCACGUCUGGGGAAGUCUUGAUGUUUGAUACCCUGACACUCAAGGCCGUCAAUGUGAUAGAAGCCCAUCGCUCGCCGUUAUCCUGCAUCAGCCUCAACAGCGAAGGGACGAUGCUCGCAACCGCAAGCGAAACCGGUACCAUUAUCCGCAUAUUCUCGGUGCCCCGAGGCCAAAAGCUCUAUCAGUUCCGGCGGGGCACGUAUCCUUCAACCAUUUACAGCAUGUCCUUCAACCUUAGCUCAACCCUACUAUGUGUCUCCUCGGCGUCAGACACUGUCCACAUCUUCCGGCUCAGCCCUCCGCCCGGACACACCACGCCGGCCGGUGCCCCCAUUGAAUCCCUGGGGUCUCCAAGGCAAGAUCGAUGGUCCCGGGCGCGAAGCCACGAUGGCGCAGACUCGCCCAGUAAUAGCACGACUGAAUCUCCCAAGAGUGACUCUGCGGAGCCUGGAAGCAAUGGUCCUGCUCCUGAUGCCAGUGCCACGCCAGCAAAUCGCGGCCCCAGCGGCUCCUUCAGCAGCAUGCUGCGUCGGUCAUCCCAAAUAAUGGGUCGAGGAGUUGCCGGCGUUGUAGGUUCCUAUCUCCCACAGUCUGUGACCGAGAUGUGGGAACCCCUCCGAGACUUUGCCUAUAUCAAGAUCCCCAAGUCCGCCGGACACGGGGCUCGGUUACCUGGAGGGCAGGGCUCCAAUCCCCUGCGCAGCGUCGUGGCAAUGAGUAGCAGCAGUCCCCAGGUCAUGGUGGUGACGAGUGAUGGCGGAUUCUACGUUUACAACAUCGAUAUGGAGCAUGGCGGAGAGGGCUAUCUCGUGAAGCAGUUUUCGUAA